AUGACUGGCACGGCGGGCACUGUUGGCGUUGCAGCCGCAGUCGCCCGGCUGCUGCAACUAGACAACGAAAAGAUGUUGUCCGCAAUUGGCUCAGCAGGGACCCAAGCUGCAGGUCUUUGGCAGUUUUUGAUGGAUGCAGCCCACUCCAAACAAGUACACACGGGCAAAGCUUGCUCCGACGGUAUCUUCGCAGCAUACACUGCGCGCGACGGCCUUCUAGGGCCCCGAGAUAUCCUCGAGGGCCCGCGAGCCAUGGGAGCCGCACUCGUCCCAGGGAAGACAAGCCCGGAGGCAAUUGAUCAGAACCUGGGAGAGGAUUUUGCUGUCUUGCGGUCCAGUUUCAAGUGGCACGCCUCGUGCCGCCAUACACAUCCCAGUGUUGACGCGCUGUUGAAUCUGAUGGAGAAGAAUAAUGUCACCUUUGAUGAUAUUGAGUCCGUCGUUUCUCGCACAUACCAGGCUGCGAUCAACGUCCUGGGUAUGGGUGGUCCCGGGGAGACUGUGCACCAGAGCAAAUUCUCCAUGGGUUUCGUGCUGGCCGUUGCAGCGAAGAAGGGCCAUGCGUUGAUCACAGACUUUACCGAGGCAGACUUGCACGAUGCGUCUCUGCGCGAGUUCCAGAAACGCGUCACGAUGGAACUGGAUGCGGAUAUUGAUGCUUCGUUCCCGCUGAAAUGGCGGGGGUUGGUUAUCGUCACCACGAAGUCGGGCCAGACGUUCACGGAGUCUGUUGAGUUUGCUAAGGGGGAUCCGGAAUUCUCUCUUACAAGGUAA